UUCACUAAUGACACUUCUGCUUGUCCUUCUUAGGAGAGAUUUUCAGAUAGAAAACAAAAAGAAAUUAUUCUGUUGUGACAAAAAUUAAUGCAUAUUCCAUUUUACUUUGAAUUAAUACCAAGUUUUUGUUCUUAUUUCUGUAAUCAAUCUGAUUCUGUAGCAUAAAUAAGUCUUACACAAUGUCACUGCGCCCAGAUGACCAUAGGCGAAAAUGGGACAAGGCCGAGUAUCAAAAACUAGCCCAGGAACGCUUAAAAACAGUAAAAGACCCCAGCGAAGAAGAACCUGUACAGAGGGAGAAUCUCAAGCGACGUGACUACAAAGUCGAUUUAGAUAGUAAAUUGGGCAAGAGCGUUGUUAUCAACAAGAACACACCAACCUCCCAAUCAGGUGGUUAUUAUUGCAAUGUUUGUGACUGUGUUGUUAAGGAUUCCAUCAAUUUCUUGGAUCACAUCAAUGGCAAAAAACAUCAACGUAAUUUGGGAAUGUCGAUGAAGGUCGAACGCAGCACAGUUGAUCAGGUUAAGGAGCGUUUUCAGCAAAAUAAGAAAAAAAUGGAAGAAAAGAAAAAAGAUUACGAACUCGAGAAAAGAUUGCGAGAAGCCAAAGAAGAAGAAGAACGCUACAAGGAACACAAAAAAGAGAAGAGAAAAGAUAGAAAACGAAAAGCUGAAGAAGACUUCAGUGCAGAUAUGCCAGGUGAUAUUGCUGCCAUUAUGGGUUUCUCUGGCUUUGGAGGAUCCAAAAAAAAUAUAUAAAACAAAACAAACAAAAGUAUGUUCUUUGUUCAAAUACAUUUAUUAUAAAUAUAUGAUUAUUAAAAUUAGAUUAGGAAAAAUGAAAAUGGUUAAAACACAGAUUUUAAAAUUAAAGCCAAAAAAACAUA